UUGAUCACGCGCCUCCAGGUUCUUCCGGGGCCCUGGAGCAGACCGAGGGCGUUCCUGUCCGGGCUGCAGCGGCGGGAGGUAAGGCACGGCUGGGUUGAAUGGGCUGCAGAGCGCCGGCACGGGUCCAUGCCUCGGGUUGCCGGGGUUCCAGGAUGCCCUGGCCUCUCUGCGCUCCCCUCAGACUCCCUCUCCCGGCCUGAGCCUCCCAGAGCCGUGAGACCUACCUCCCGCUCGCCGUUGCUGGUCCGCAUCCUAGGAGCGGCCUGACACUCCCUCCCCACUUCGACAUGUAUCCUCGACCAUGGGACGGUGUGCGUGCGAUUGGGCAAACCCAGUGACCCCCACGGACACCGGGACAGGGAGCCCAGUGGAGGCACCCUCCCGAGGCACUACUGCCCAUGCUGACUACCCAGCUCUCCAGCUGCCGAUGUCAUGAGUAACACCACAGUGCCCACUGACCCCCAGGCCAACAGCGACUCCAUGGUGGGCUAUGUAUUGGGGCCUUUCUUCCUCAUCACCCUGGUCGGGGUGGUGGUGGCUGUGGUAAUGUAUGUCCAGAAGAAAAAGCGGGUGGACCGGCUUCGCCAUCACCUGCUCCCCAUGUACAGUUAUGACCCCGCUGAAGAGCUACACGAGGCUGAGCAGGAGCUACUCUCUGACAUAGGAGACCCCAAGGUGGUACAUGGCUGGCAGAGUGGCUACCAGCACAAGCGGAUGCCCUUGCUGGAUGUCAAGACAUGACCUGACUCCCUUGCCCUGAUCUUCAGAACUUUGGGGCCCUGCUGCCUGCUGCUUUCCCCUCCCACUCGUGCUCAUCCAGCUCCCCCUGCUGGGUCCUGGGUCUCCAUUCCUCCUCCCAUCCACCCUGGCAGCACCCAUUUUAUAAGCUCAUGCAUAGCAGCCAGCCCCAACACUUUACUUGCCCCUAGGCCUCAGUCCUUUGUGGGCUGAGCCUGCUGCCCACUCCCAGGCACCAAUGGGAAAUUUUUCCUUUUAGGGUUAAAGGGUGGCUAGGAGACGAGGCAUAGCUUUGCCCUUUCUAUGGGCCCCAUCUUUAGCCCUCUGACUUGGCUUUGGAGUUGUUUCUAUGGUGACAGGGCCUGAUGUACAUUCAGUAUAUAUUUUGUAAAUAAAAUGUUUUGUGGCUAGCA